GAAACAGAGACCUUCGAUAAAUCAUAAAGCUUUACGUCUUUUUUAACUCAAAAGAGUAAUUACUACUUGACCAGUUCUGCCCUAUGGACGAGUUCGUUGCUCUCACAGAGCGUUACGGGUUAAAGCCUCGAGGAAAGUCAGCUCCAAUGGCUUCCUUAAAACGAUCUAACUUCAACCCUAACACUGUAAAGGCUUCUCCUUUCGACUCAAACGCAGAGUUGACCUUGAAUGAUUCAAAGUUUGACUCUUUCAAUCCUUCUGGUGGGUUUGACUAUUUCUUGGUGUUUGAUGAGUUGAAUAAGUUAUCUACAAAUGGUUCUGGUGAUGAUGACUUUUUGACCGGACUAAAUGAAAAUGGUUUUGAUGAGUUGAUACCUGGAUUUGGUAGGAGUGGUCAUCCUAGUAACAGUGAGGUUAAAGAAACUGAAUCUGUUCAAGUAAAUAAACAACAGUUUGGUUCACCUGUUGCUCAAGCACAGUUCCUUGAGAUUAAGCUAUGGUCUGAUGGUAAAGAAGGCAACCUACGUGCACUGUUAUCAUCAUUGCAUCUUGUGCUUUGGCCUGGAUGUGGAUGGGAGGCUGUCUCUUUAACAGAUUUGAUCACUUCUGCAUCAGUCAAGAAAGUCUAUAGAAAGGCAACUCUCUAUGUACAUCCUGAUAAAGUUCAGCAGAAAGAUGCUCAACAAAAGUAUAUUGCCGAGAAGGUCUUUAGCAUCUUACAGGAAGCUUGGAACAAGUUCAAAAAAGAGGAGCUAUCUUAAACACUGUCCUUAUACAUCUUUUCACUAGAGAGUUGCUUUGAACUGUUUGUGUGUGUGUGUAUAUUUAUCUACACAUUGUUUGUUAUUGACUCAUUGUGUUUCACAUUUCUCAAACCUCUUCUAUUAGUAUAUAUGAAUGUGGUAGUAAGACUACAGUUCUUGCCAUUAGGCUUUGAAGGGAUACUAUUAUCUGAAAGAGAAGAAACAACAAUGUUUAUUGCUUUUAUCUUAUCAAACACAAGCUGUCUUUUGACCGUUCUUGAUUCAUCCUGAUGAUUCAAGAAUUAGAGUAUUAAUUAGUAGUCGCUUUGAAAUGGCUUGUAAGACUUGAGAUCAAGAACAACUCCAGCUAUAGACCCUGCAGCUGCAGCAAGACUAACUACCAAACAAGCUGAGCUGAAGAUUUGAAGACAAACCCAUUGAGUGCUCCAUCUAGCUAUCUUCUUCUGCUCAAUAUACAUCUCCACCGGAAAAUAAACCGUCAACGGCCAAAACCCUAGUGCCCCUAGCAACCCAACAACAUCGUUGAAAAACGGAAGAAGCAUUGAGAUAAGUGUUGUUACAAUCACAAACACUGUCCUCCAUAUCAACCUGAAUAAAACAUUUGGUUAUUCCAUAAAAGCUGAUAUGUAACAUGUUAAGUAGUAUAUUGAAGAGACAUGACUUUGUAGUACCUG